GUUAUCAAGCACUGCACCAUCUCUCUUCGAAAACCCCUCAAACUCCACUCCACCAUCUUUCCGCCACCACUCCUCCGCCGCAUCAACGCCCGGGAACAUGAGAUGGUAGGCUUAAGCGUGAUCCUCGAAACCUACAGAGACCUCUCCGUCAAAAGAAGCCCCCAAAUUCUCAGCAAAGGCGUCAUGAUCAUCAAACCUAAUUCCUCUCCUGCCUCUGGAUUUCUCGAUAAUUGCUUCCUCUGCCGCCGCAAAUUAUUGCCAGGAAAUGACAUAUUCAUGUACAAAGGGGAUAGGGCAUUUUGCAGUGUGGAGUGCAGGUACAGGCAGAUUUUCAUGGACGAAGAGGAGAGCUUAUGCGAAAAGAGUGUUUGUACGUUGGAGUACACCUGUUCAGCUUCCGCCACGUCAUCACCGUCGCCGUCGUCGUCGUCUUCCCGCAGCGUCAAGGGAGGGAGAGCUCCGUUUGCGUAUUGAAGGAAGAGUGUGUGUUUUUCCGUUUCUGCCCUUUGUUGAUAGCGUUUCUAUCCCGACCCAGCCAGGGACUGUUUUGUCAUCUCAUCGUUUACCACUGGAGGAGAUUUUGGAAGGGUGUUUCUGGAUGUUCGAAAUUCAACCAAAUACGAAAAUAAAAUCAAUAUUCACAAA